AUGUCAUUUAGAUUCCUUGGUUCAGGCAACAGCAGUCCAGAUCAACAACUACUCAAUGAAGUAGGAUAUCUUUCGAAUUUGGAUGACCAACAGCUUAGCGAGUUGAUCGAUAUCAUCUUCACGUUCUUGCUCUACCAAAAGGCAGAGGGGCUCAUGAAUUCUGUGUCUUCCUUCUCACAACAGCACUCAAUCAGCGAGAAUGCCCUAAAGAACAUCAUCAGAGGCUCAAUAAUUUUCUUGAAAGGAGCAGUCAAGUACCAUCUCACACCUAACCACGUCAAAGAGGAUCUUAUCAACUUUAGAUUGUCAGAGGAACAAGCAGAAUCAAUCGCUCUCAAAUACAAAACAAACUUCAUAGAUCUAUCUCGAUCCUUUGUUGGAAACACGUUCAACAUCAACCAAGUGUUGGACAUGCAAUGGCGCUUUGGAGUGACAACCGCAAGCAGUGAAUCAAAGAAGGGUGGCAAUACAUUCUUGCAACUAAAGCUUGUGUUGGACAAAGGAGGUGAUACCAAAGAAGAUGUUCACAUGGAACUGACUCUACCACAAUUCUAUCAAUUCCUUAGAGAGAUGGAGAAGGCCAAAGCAAGUCUUGAAUACCUCAAC